CACAUUUGACCAACCAAAGCCUUAGACUGACCUCACUUAACGCGCUUAGCUUACACCUAAUUAACUAACAAGCACCUAUAUAUACACCUCCUAUCAUACCUCCUCCCCAAAUCAACCAAGUUCCAUUUCAUUUCUUGCAUCUCCAAUUAUACUCUUGCUUCCAAUUUCAACCUCUCUUCCCAACCAUGGCAGCCAGAGCUCUCCUCGUUGUGGCCAUGGCGGCCGCGGUGCUCGGGACAGCGAUGGGCGUCACCACCUACACGGUGGGAGCUCCGGCCGGUUCAUGGGACACACGAACCAACUACGCGCAGUGGGUCUCUGCUAUCACCUUCCGUGUCGGUGACCAGCUUGUCUUCAAGUACUCCCCAGCGGCGCACGAUGUGGUGGAGGUGAACAAGGCCGACUACGACUCCUGCUCUAGCUCCAGCCCCAUCUCCACCUUCAACUCUGGCGAUGACACCAUCCCUCUCGCUGCUAUCGGCACCCGCUAUUUCAUCUGCGGCUUCCCUGGCCAUUGCACCGCAGGGAUGAAGGUCGCCGUCAAGGUGGAGGCCGCCACCGGCAGCAACCCUACCCCGUCACCAUUGGCCCCUCUUCCACGCACUCCUACAGUAAUGGCACCAAAUGCGAUGCCCCCUACGAACGGUGGCCGGCCCACCCCUCCGUCAAGCUCAGCAAGCAAGCCUGUUGGUGUUGCAUCUCUGGUUGGUCUGAGUUUGAGUGCAAUCGUUGCUGGUCUCAUGGUCUUUUAAAUUAGAGGGAAAAAAUAUUUUUUUUCUCUCUUCAAAGUUGAUCUAUUGAUCGUGUUCAUAUGUAUUGAUUGUUUGUGAUGAGUUCGGCUCAUAUUGUUACUCAUUUUUUUUGCUACAUGUAAUUUAGCUCAUUACGAUUUGAUUCCAAUAUUAUAUAAAUGUUCUUUUGACCCA